GCUUCCGUCCCCUCCCAGCUGACACACAUGCGUAGUGGGGGCUGGCCGGGUGCGCGGGGCUUGUGGUUGCCGAAGCUGCGGCUGGGCGGGCGGCACGCGUCUCCCCGGCGCUCCCGAUGGCUGCUCAGCCCUUGCCCGCGGAGCUGCUCACCCGGCGGCCUCUCCUGCUCGGCCAGGUGGAGGGCGCCCAGGACGUGGUGAGCAUGGCGGCCAUUGUGCCCAAGGAAGACGGGCUCAUCAGUGUCUCGGAGGACAGAACGGUUCGUGUAUGGCUGAAGAGAGACAAUGGUCAAUAUUGGCCUAGCAUAUAUCAUACAAUGUCAUCUCCAUGUUCGUGCAUGUGCAUUAACCCAGAAACAAGAAGGCUGUCCGUAGGUCUAGACAAUGGUACAAUUUCAGAAUUUAUUUUAUCAGAAGAUUACAACAAGAUGACACCUGUUAAAAGUUACCAGGCUCACCAGAGCAGGGUUUUGAUGGUUCUGUUUGUUCUGGAAAUGGAAUGGUUACUGAGCAUAGGGCAGGAUAAGCUCUUCACAUGGCAUUGCUCGGAAAGUGGACAACGGCUUGGCACCUACCGCAUCACUGGAGGUCCUUGUGGGCUGCAAUUUGAUGUGGACACGCGGCACGUUUUUAUUGGUGAUCAUUCUGGACAAGUGACCAUCCUUAAACUGGAGCAAGAAAACUGCAACCUAAUCACAACAUUUAGGGGACAUACAGGAGGAAUCACUGCCCUCUGUUGGGAUCCUGUGCAGCGUGUGUUGUUUUCAGGCAGUUCUGAUCAUUCUAUUAUCAUGUGGGACAUUGGAGGAAGAAAAGGAACGGCCAUAGAAUUGCAAGGUCACAAUGAUAAAAUUCAGUCGCUCUCCUAUGCGCAUCAUACACGCCAGCUUAUCUCCUGUGGAGCUGAUGGAGGGAUUGUUGUCUGGAAUAUGGAUGUUGAGAGACAGGAGACACCUGAAUGGUUAGACAGUGACUCCUGUCAAAAGUGCGACCAGCCUUUCUUCUGGAACUUCAAACAAAUGUGGGAUAGUAAGAAAAUAGGCCUUAGACAGCAUCAUUGCCGAAAGUGUGGGAAAGCAGUCUGUGGCAAAUGCAGUUCGAAGCGUUCUUCCAUACCGCUCAUGGGCUUUGAAUUUGAAGUGAGAGUCUGCGACAGUUGCUAUGAGUCAAUAACAGAUGAAGAGCGUGCUCCAACAGCCACUUUCCAUGACAGCAAGCACAACGUCACCCAUGUACACUUUGAUGCAACCCGAGUGUGGUUGCUGACUUCUGGGACAGACAGGAUUAUUAAGCUGUGGGAUAUGACACCUGUGGUAUCUUGAUAUGCCAAUGAAACUUAAAACAACUCUGUGAACUGAAGAAGGGAUGACUGAAGAAGGGAUGACUAAUACAGAAUCCCCUGCAGAAGAUAAUGCAGUUCUCUGUGAUGACCGAUAAGGGAGAACUUUCAAUACCUCUGGAUGGUUACCCAAGUGAUCUUCUGGAACCAGCAUGAACUCUUGCACAAAAAUACUCUACUUCUCUUUGUUCUCAAACUACAGAAGGUGGUUGUUUUUAAAAAAAAAAAAACAACUGUACAAUCUGGCACUGUUCAGCUGUUUGGAAUUUGUCUGGAAAAUGUGUGCAGUGCAGUUUUUAUAGUCUUUGUGUUCUGCGUUGACCCAUGAGGUCUGGUGUGGAGGAGUCUGGUGUGGAGGAGCCGUCUUCUGCAACUUAGCCUGAAGAGGCUUUAACUUCUCUUCUGAGAUGAGGCAGAAAGCAGAGAAUUCCUCUAGUCUGUGUUUUGUGAUGAAGCGCUGUUGAACAGACACUUGAAUUGCAAGCUCUGCCAUGAAAGAUCUGGGCAGCUGCUGCUGCUGUUUAACAGGAAAAAAGGCAUCAUUUGUAAUUGCAUUCUAGUAAAUGGUACAGGCAGGGGGGAGGGAGCAGGGGAAAGAAAUGCAGACAAAGUCCUGUAUUUCCUAUUGCAGAGUCAAGAGUAAUCCUUGUUUGCAAGUGAUUUCGAAAUGACUAUGCUAGCUAUCUAGCCCCCAAGCAUUGCCAGUGACCCAUCCAAAGCAGUGACUUAAAUUAGUUGCAGGUAGCAUGCCUGUGUAUGGGAGUGGCAUGGGGCUUGCAGGUGGGUCAGCAAUGGCAGUGCCACCUUUAGGGAUUUGCUAGGGUUGGUGUUCUGGGGCAUGGUUGGAGACUUUAACUGUUCCGUUCCUCUUGCCUCUCUGGCAGGGCGUGCGUGCGUGUGUUUUUAAAUGGCUGGUUGUUGUAACUUGUUUUUAAUUCUCAAUGUAAUCCCCAGAUCGAAUGUGGCUGAAUUUAACGUUUUGUUCUGCUACCGUUGUUAGGUAGGUCCUUUACAAAUAAUAAAAAUGCUGAAAUGAAAA